AUGAACUCAUCCCAGGGUAUCGCUGGAGAGGGAGGGGCUGCUGGUCUCACAGGGCCAAGGGGUGAGCGUGGCAUCCCAGGAGAGAGAGGUGAUGUGGGAACUAACGGACUACCGGGGCCCAAAGGUAUUUCAGGGGGGCCAGGACCAGAGGGACCAAAGGGUGGGUCUGGAACUAAAGGAACCGUUGGGGACAUAGGAGCUGCAGGCCUGCAGGGGAUGCCAGGGAAGAGGGGUGUCCCUGGUUCUCCUGGUCCUAAAGGAGAUGUGGGUUCAGUUGGUGAGAAAGGAACCGAGGGUACUGCUGGAAACGACGGGCCCGGGGGACUUCCUGGUCCAGUUGGACCAACAGGAGGCAUUGGGCUCAAUGGUGACAAGGGAGAGGCCGGCCCUAAAGGGACCCCUGGACGUCGAGGAGCGAGAGCAGUGGCCGGAGCUUCUGGGGAGCCUGGUCCAACCGGUGCAGUAGGAUUCCCUGGGUCUCCUGGUCCCGAUGGGCAACCUGGGGUCAAAGGUGAACCAGGAGAGAGGGGUCAGAAGGGUGAGGCUGGAGCACAGGGACUCCAAGGAACAGCUGGUAAACUUGGUUCCCAGGGUCCUGCUGGUGUGACUGGACUAAAGGGGGCCAGAGGAACACAAGGGGCCGCGGGUGGGUCUGGUUUCCCAGGAUUCCCUGGGGGAGUUGGUCCAGCAGGCUCCGUUGGUGAGGUAGGGGCGCCUGGAGACAUUGGUACCCCAGGGAAGGCAGGUACUCCUGGACUUAGAGGCGAGAAUGGAGGCCCUGGGCGUGUAGGAGAGAGAGGGGCCCCGGGCCCAGCAGGUGCCCCAGGAGACAAGGGAGAGCCUGGAGAGGAUGGACCAGGGGGCCCUGAUGGGCCGGCGGGACCAGCAGGCAUCUCAGGACAGCGAGGUGUUGUGGGCAUACCUGGAGUCAGAGGAGAGAGCGGGAUGGUUGGGCCCCCCGGUACUGCUGUACGUAUGGAACUCAAGUUCACAUUCACCAUUCAUUUCUAUAGCCUUGAGAAUAGAGGGAAUCCUGGUCCUGAAGGUCUUGCUGGAACUCCGGGGCUUCAUGGCUCUGUUGGGCCAGUUGGCACCUCUGGUGUCCCUGGGAAGAGAGGAAACAAUGGUGCUAGAGGGCCUCCAGGACCCCAGGGACAAUCAGGGAUCCGGGGGACUCUGGGGCCUCAAGGGCCACAGGGAGACAGGGGAGCCAAAGGAGACCAAGGAGAGAGAGGGCAGAAAGGCCACAGAGGCUUCACUGGAUUGCAAGGCUUACCUGGGACAACUGGACAAUCUGGGGAUGUUGGAGCUGGAGGAAUUGUAGGACCUACUGGACAGAGAGGGCCCCCUGGUGUGGUUGGCCCCGCAGGAGGUGAUGGACAAAUUGGGCUGACCGGGCCCAUGGGCUCCCCUGGAUCAAGAGGAACCAGUGGAGACAUCGGACCUCAGGGGCCUCCUGGGGAUGCUGGUCCCCCUGGUCCCCCAGGGACCCCUGGCCCUCCCACUGCUGGGGCUGAUAUAGUCCAACUGGGACGACUCCGGCCCCCAUCCCCUCCAGAGUUCAACGAGGAUGAGGCGCGUCCCAAUAAUGCCUCGACCGUCCUCGGGGCAGACCAGGGGAUCCAGACCACGCUGAAGAGCCUCAGUGGAAACCUGCAGAACAUGAAGUGCCCCGAUGGCAGCCAGGCCAACCCCGCCAAAACCUGCCAGGACAUCAAGCAGUGCCACCCCCUUAAAAAGACCGGAGACUACUGGCUGGACCCCAACCAGGGCAGUACCAAGGAUGUUAUCAAGGUGUUCUGCAACAUGGAGACUGGUGAGACCUGCAUCUCAGCCCACCCCAUCUCAGCCAGCAUCCCUCGCAAAACAUGGUGGACCAAAUCCACUCCCACUGCCAGCAAACCUGUCUGGUUUGGAGCAAAUAUGAAUGGAGGAACUAAAUUUAGCUACGGCAACAAGGAGGAGCUGCCCAACGCCGUAAAUAUUCAGAUUAGGCUGAUCCGCCUGCUUUCUAAGGAGGGUGUCCAGAAUGUCACCUACCACUGCAAGAACAGCGUGGCCGUGAAUGACGGAGCCACAGGCAACCUGAAGAAGGCUCUGAUCCUCAAGGGCUCCAACGGACAGGAGGUCAAGGUUCAGGGCAACUCCCGCCUCAGAUACACUGUCCUGGAGGAUGGCUGCUCCAAAUCAAAUGGAGACUGGGGCAAGACUGUGAUUGAGUACAGAACUCAGACGCCAGCCAGACUACCUAUCGUAGACUUGGCCCCCAUGGACAUAGGCAAGGAGGACCAGGAGUUUGGCCUGGACAUCGGACCUGUGUGUUUCUCCUAAACCCAACACACAUGGAUGGAUGGAUUUAUUUAACCCUACGAGGAGUGAAUUUUUUAGAACGCCAUCCUCAAUUCUGUUUAAAGAUGCAAUCUGGAUUUCAAACAACAAAAAAGCACUCACUUUUUAGUUACAUUCUUCAAGAAUCAAUGGCUAUAUAUCACUCAUUUAAAAGAUUGCCCCUUCAAGAAUUAGGUUUCAGUUCAAUAACUAAUAAUGAACAACAACCCCUUGUGAUGUCAUCAAUUAGAAUCGGUUGGAAUGUUGUCGUCCAUUCUCCUCCAAAGGGUUAAACAUUCCCAAGACUCUUGGACUACCUGCUGAAGCAAUCAGCUUUGUACAUAAAGGCAGGGCGGAGAAACUACAGUACAGUAUAUGUCCUGCCUGCUACUAAAAUAUUUAUUGCUUCUUUCCAAGAAACAACUAAAGUUGUUAGUGCAAUGGUACUGGUAGUAAUUACUAUUGAGGAAUGCAGGUGAAUUGUAUUAAUAAGAUUGUGUCAUAAUGGAGUUUCAGGGCCUGAAGGUCUAAGCUUGUUGAAAACAUGACCAUUUAUGGAACUUAAGUGUCAGUGUCGUAUGACAUUCCAUCAUACAUUUCUUUACCAGUUUCUCAGUGAAUGCCACUAAAUAGAUAUACUGUCACUUGAUGUAGAGACAAAACAACAACAAUUGUAUUACUUUUUCUAAUGUAAAUUCAACAUAAGAAUGUCAAUUUCUCUUCACAUGUUUAUUAUUCCUGUUAAUUAUUGAUAUUAUGAUAUUUUCUUCUUUCGACUGAUGGUGUUACACCCAAUAAAAUGAAUCUCAUGCCCUUUUCA